GCAGCGACGGCCCGUUUAUCAGCUAAAGAUGGCGGACGGUGAAAACGUCCCGCUCGGCGCUAGCGCCUCGGAUCCCAAUGAGCCCCUCACCAAGAAACCCAAGCUGGGGGCCGCUUUUGGGAACGGGGAUAAAGGCGACCAGGCGGAGCCGGAAUUACGUGUAAUAGAAUGUGGGAAGCUCUGGGCGUCGGCGGCAAUGGCUGCUAAUGCGCGGCCGGAGGAGAGGAAGGAGGCGGCGGCGGCGGCGGCGGGACAGGCCACGGUCGCGUCGUGCGGAGACAAUGGACUGUCGGCUCUGGAGCCUCGGGGGGAGCCGCUGGAGCAUGGCGAGGAGGCGCGGAUCGAUGGGCACGCAAGAGAUAUGAGCGCAGUGUGCGUCGGUCCCGGCGAGGAUGAGCACCCCAAUGGUUUCAGUUUCCACGACCCCGGCGAGGACGAUGACAGGUCCUCCCACGCAAGCUCCAGCGACUGGACCCCACAGCCGCACUUAGGCUCCUACAGUUUCAUCCAGCAGCACAUCAUGAGGGAGACGGAUCCUCGGACCAUCCUGAGAGAUCUUCUCCCGGAAACGGUACUCCCUCCGGACCUGGACGACAUGACCCUGUGGCAGAUCAUCAUCAACAUCUCCGAACCCCCCAAGAGGAGGAAGCGGAAGGACAUCAACACGCUGGAGGAUGUUCUCAGGCUGCUGCAUGAGUCCAAGAAGAUCCUGGUGUUAACCGGCGCCGGGGUCUCCGUGUCGUGCGGAAUACCAGACUUCCGAUCCAGAGACGGGAUCUAUGCCAGACUUGCCGUGGACUUCCCUGACCUUCCGGAUCCUCAGGCCAUGUUCGACAUCGAGUACUUCAGAAGAGACCCCAGGCCGUUCUUCAAGUUUGCCAAGGAGAUCUACCCCGGGCAGUUCCAGCCAUCUCCGUGCCACAGGUUCAUCGGUAUGCUCGAUAAGCAGGACAAGCUGCUGCGUAAUUACACGCAGAACAUCGAUACGUUGGAGCAGGUGGCUGGCGUGCAGCGCAUCAUCCAGUGCCACGGUUCCUUUGCUACAGCUUCCUGUCUCAUCUGCAAACACAAGGUGGACUGCGAGACCAUCAGGGAAGACAUCUUCAAUCAGGUGGUACCGCACUGCCCGAAAUGCCCUGGCUUCCCGUUGGCCAUCAUGAAGCCCGACAUCGUAUUCUUUGGGGAGAAUCUUCCGGAACACUUUCACAGGGCGAUGAAGCAGGAUAAAGAUGAGGUGGACCUGCUCAUCGUCAUCGGCUCAUCUCUCAAAGUGCGGCCAGUGGCGCUCAUCCCCAGCUCCAUUCCACACGAAGUGCCUCAAAUCCUGAUCAACCGCGAGCAGCUGCCGCACCUCAGCUUCGACGUGGAACUGCUGGGAGACUGUGAUGUCAUCAUCAAUGAGCUGUGCCACCGGCUGGGCGGGGACUAUAAGCAGCUGUGCUAUAAUCCGCAGAGACUGAGCGAGAUCACGGAGAAGCCGCCGCGGCCUCCCGACAGCCCAGUGCGUGAGCCAGAGGAGGAGGCUGGAUCCCUGCAGGCGUCUGACGGAGUCGCUCAGGAAAGUUACAUGGAUGUAGUGUCAGGUGUUCAGACGCCGGCGCACGGCAGCCCCAUAGCGAGGAUACAGCCCCCUGCUGGCGAGGACAGUGAGAGGCCAGAGCACUCUCCAAAUCCCGGGGAGAAGAGCAGGAAUCCCAGUGCCGAGCUUCCGAGGAGAUGCUGGGCGGCCCGAUCGAGUGGGAGCUCCAUUAGCAAGCGGCUGGACGCCUGCCAGUACCUGUUCCAAGCCCCCAAUCACUACAUCUUCCAUGGCGCUGAGGUGUACUCGAACUCUGAGGACGAGGCGUCCAGCUCGUGCGGCAGUGUGAGUGACACCUCCUGCUGCAGUGCGGACGGGCCGGCCAGCGAUGGCGAGGGCUCCUGCUCCCCGGCGAUGCCCGCGGGGGACGAGGCCGCCGAGGACUGCCUCAGAGACACUGUGCCACACAAGCGGGAGGUUGUGCAGGACGGCUGGGAGCCCCCCGCGGACACCUCUGCAGAGGCUAUACACAGCACCUCGCACUUCUGAAGCCCCUUAAAUCCUUUUUUUUAAAAAAAAAAGAAAAAAACAAUGUUUUGAGGCGCUAAGCAGUCUUUGCUAUAUUCAAGGCAAGUUCCCCAUGUUCUUUUUGCAUCCCAUAAAUCUGGACGGCGUGCUGAACCCCCCCCCCCCCCGCCCCACGGUACGCCUGAGUCUUUCAUCAUCCCUGGUGGUCUCACACUGCUGGAUGUGAAAACGGUUGUUCUGAACACGCUGGACGGAUUUUAAUGUUUAGUGGCUAAAACGAAGCGGGUCAGAUGGGUCAGAUGUAGGCUAUGAAAAGGGAACAGCGAAGGUCGACCAAAGAAGAGUCCGGCGUCUCCGUAGCGUUAGUCGCCAUGAGCUUCACACGCUUGUGCUCUAACCUUUUUACCACAUGCCUGUAAAAUACAUUAAACUGAACACUGGCUUUUUGUCCUGAAUUUUGGCAGCUACUUUUUACAGCAGAGCUGGUUGUUAUUUUUGUAUUUUGUGAUACUUUAAACCUGCUCCGCCUGAGGAGGUGCCGCUUUUCUAAACAGUAUUUUAGGGGAUAUUAUGAUUUUACUCUUAGUAUGAACACAUUGUAGGCCUUACAUGUCCAGUAAGCUGUCAGUGGGUUAUACAGCACUGUUUUCUUUGUUCUUGUACAAUAUUCCUGUGGAAAUGGUAGUGGUUACCAUUGGUUUCACUUGACACCAUUCAACACUGCACCCUUAGAACAGACAGAUACCAUGCUGCCCACUGCUGGUGUAGGGAGGAAGUGCCCCACCCGUCCCUGAGACUAGCCGAGGGGGGGGGUAGCUGAAGCUCAUGGGAGAUUUACUUACACAAAAAAUGUUUUGAAGGCAAAACAAAAGAUUGUAGAGGAGGUGGGUCCAACCAACUAGAGGAGGCAGGAGUGACCAAUCAGGUGUCUUGGACCCACCUCUUCUACAAUCUGACUGGUUCUCUCUCUCUGCCAUUCUUUUUCUGUUCGGCCCUCAGAACAUUUUUGUCCAAGAAAAACCCCCACGAGCGUAGCUGAACCGUCCGUAAACAAAGCUUUGAGUGAAAUUCGUGCUUUCCGCCAUUACUACAGGCAUUUGUACUGUCAGUAUCCACAGCGUCGAUGAGAUUAUUUAAUGUUGAAUUUGUGAAAUGUUCAACUACAUUAGUUACCACAGUGAUGGUACUCUAUAUAUAUCGCAAAGGCACUUCCAGAACUGUAGAGUAGAAAAUAAAAUGAGUUGUAUUUUAUUUUAAAAUUUCAGAUUCAGAUGACCGACCAAACUGUACUUGACAAAGACUAAAGUCACAUCCAGACUGUAGCUAUAAACCUAUAUUACAGCGUUUUUAUGUUGCCAGAAAAUUGAUUAGUAUACAGCUCAACUCACAUGGCAUUUAGUCAGAUUAACGUGAUCCUCCAGGAGCCUGUUAGAAUGCUGUUAUGGACAUUUGGGCCUCAACUCUUCACUUUUCAAAGAUAAAAGGAAGCAUGAGAGCUGAAAUUUUCCAACCCCAAUUGACUUGGUUCAUCUUUGUUCUUGUUUUAUUGCCUUGUAAGGACACAUGGCAGAUAUAAGGACUACAGUUAUAUUUAAACCUGUCUGGGGUUUAAAAAGACCCCAAAAGCAGGGCCGUAUCCUGAACUCCCGCAAUGUUUCAGACACCCUGAAAGAGAGUCCCCCAGUGAGGACACUCGCCCGCGAGUCCCCCUGUGACCCCGCGCCGCUGGGACACUCGCCCGCGAGUCCCCCUGUGACCAGGCGCCGCUUGGACACUCGCCCGCGAGUCCCCCUGUGACCAGGCGCCGCUUGGACACUCGCCCGCGAGUCCCCCUGUGACCAGGCGCCGCUUGGACACUCGCCCGCGAGUCCCCCUGUGACCACGCGCCGCUUGGACACUCGCCCGCGAGUCCCCCUGUGACCACGCGCCGCUUGGACACUCGCCCGCGAGUCCCCCUGUGACCACGCGCCGCUUGGACACUCGCCCGCGAGUCCCCGCGACUCCUUGGGGACCAGUGAUAGAGAUCACAGCUGAUUUUUAUACUGCUGAUGAAUGAGAGAACUUCCUAACUAUCUGUCUUACUUUUACAAAAUCUCUCACGUCCUACACAAGCUGACAGGAGGGGUGUGCUAUGAGUGCUUCCUGAAUGUGGUUUACAUAUUUAAAUUCUACACUUUCUAUGUUGCUGUUGUCUUUGUUGUCUCUAGUGCGGAGACGUUCUGAUAAGUGGGUGCCAUCUCACAGAUUCAGGCUUACAGGUUUGGACUCCCUCUGUGGGUAGAGGGACACCCACUACUGCCCCCGCAUGUUUUAGCAGGCGCAUUGCGAAGAGCCGUCUGCUAUACUCGUGUAAAUAUGUUAAAUGGGCAGCGUGUGCAUUAACUGGUACAGUUAUCUUUUCCCAACUUUUUUUUUUUAAAUCACUGAAAGAAGAUAUUACAAGAUGUUUGUCUGUAGUCUUUGUAAAAUGUGAAAAUUGAUGCAUUUACACAUUGUAUUUUUUUUUUUUUUAUAAAGGCUUUUACAGACCCAAAGACAGCUGAUCUAGUUUACAGCAUCUUCUGUUAAUAUCCCUGAGUUAAGACAGAAAAUAAUACAAAAUAAACUGAAAACCUAAUAAAAAUGUUAAUAUA